AUGGCCUCGGCAGACGAUCGGAUGAUGUUCCUACAACAGUUCCUGACGGCGCUAUUCCAGCCGCCGGCUUCUCAAAUGCCACAGGCCAAUGACCCAGCCAGCUAUGAGAGGAGCAGACGCAGCCAGGCAGAGGCAAUUGCAAACCAUUAUCUCGACGCCGUGCACUUGGAGGCAACCGUCGAGGAAGCACUGGCGCCUGUUCCAACCCAUCUUCCUCUUUUGCGCCUGCACGCCCUCACGCCUCGACAGGCAACCGACCACAACGUCCGCAAGGGUCUCUAUAUUGCCCACAAGACGCGCCAAUUCCGCAUCGAGCUCCCCAAGUACGAUGACGACAUUGUCGGACGCAAAGAGGCUUUGAUCAAGUUCGGCGACGAUUGUCUCACCUCUUUCUUUGGUCCCGACUGGGCCAACCCAUCGGAGGAUUCGGCCGCCAAGGCCACUCCCAGCAGAAUCUACUCCAACGCUCCAGCAUAUCCGCCGGUCUCGUCCAGCUUUGGCCCGCCGCACACGUGCCCUCAUGGUGUGCCUAUCGCACCGAGCGGGCCAGCCCCGGCCAUGCCUCCCGCUUCCAAGAAUCCUAGUGCUCCUACACAUGCAGCUAAAGCGGAGGUUACCCCCGUCAAAGAGGCAGCAGAGGCAUCGCAGCAUCUUGCUCAUGACCUGACCGACUUUGAUACCGAUGACGAGUCUGACUACGACUCGGAGUUGGAAGAAGAGUUGAUGCACGAAUUCAUGCAGGAUCGCGGCUAUUGGGACUACGACGAUCUCGGCUAUGGUAGCGACGAUCCUUACGGCCUUGAUUAUUACGACGAUCCUUAUGGCCUCGAAGACGAUCUUUACGGCGACGAUCUUGACUAUGAUCCGACCAGCGACCCAAAUUUCCUCGAAUACUACUCUAUGGGCUACAACUUCGACGAGGCCUUGGAUGCGACAAUCAAUGCAAGAGCAGAGCGUCUUCUCGGUCCCCAUCUGAGGAGGGAGAUGAUGAUGAAUGCCGCGCUCAAGAAGGGCGGGAAGGCCUCCAAAACAAAGACACGCGGCGGAGCGUCUACGAAGGCGAGCACGAGCAAGAUGGGCACAACCAAGGGCCAAGGUAAAGGCUCCGCUGGGACGUCGCAGCAGCGCACCCCUGGAGCAGUCGAUAGCGGUGUUGGCUCCAGCAAGGCCUCUAGUGCGAAGGAUGGCUCGGCCACAGCCAAGAAAAAGGGCAAACGUAAGCGCAAAGGCAAAGGUAAAGCCAAAGCUCAAGGUCAAGAAAGCGGAGUUAAAGUCGAAGAGUCGCGUGUCGCCAGCAAGAUCGAGGGAGUCAAGGCGAACCACACUGCAGUUCCAGCCUCGGUCGUCAAGGCGAGCGGCGGGAGUGGUCCCGCCACGGUGGUGAGUCAGGCGCCUGCCUCGUCAUCAGACAAGGACCCCGCCGGUCUCCAAGUCCAGCCGGCUAGGCCCCAAACGAUCAGCCUCGCGCACAAGCUGUCUUCGGAGACGGUGCAAGGCUCCCCCCGCGCUAGUGUUGCCUCGGUCGGCUUAGGGCUUGCUGGUUCGCCUGCUUCUGUCAAGCAGCCAGUCUGGCAUCCAGUUCCUCACAUCAAAGUCUCGCUACCAGCCGCUACCUCUGGCAACACCACCACCAGCCCUGCUCCGGAAGCGAGCACCUCGACGUCUUCUGCACCAAAUGGUGCACCGACUGCCCCCAAAGGCCCGAGAGCGAGCACUUUGAUUCCAACGGCCCGAGAAGGUGAAGCAAGUCUGACCUCCUCUGCGACAGCGCCGAAAGCUGCGGGGCAGACAAAGAGGAAGCGCACAGACACGAGCAACAACAGUGUCAGCAGCGCGGACAAGGCAAAGGCCUCAGCCAAAGUCGCCAAAAGCACUUCUGCUCAGAAUACUGACAAGCCGAAGAAGCAGCCCAAGUUCGAGGUGUUUGUGUGGAAGAAGCGCUACCGCCCGAGCAAGCGGCCGUAUCGCGAUUGCUGGCACGCUCCCUUCCGGGCGUAA